UGCUCUCUCUUCCUUUUAAAGGACUUUUUUUUGUGCUUUCCCUCUUUUAUAUAAGGUCUGGGUUUGCUUUUUUUUUCUUUUAUUUUCUAUUUCCUCUCUUUAUCUCUUGAGCCGCUAGGAAAGACAGAGAAAGCAAGAGAGAGAAAGAACGGACGCUAAUUCAGAUAGGUAGAUUAGAUAGGGAUAUAGAGAGAAAUAGAAAUGAGAACAAGGAGAGGCCUUUGUUACCCUAGAGCCGAUGUUUUUGUAGAGAAGCUGGUAGUUAAAAGGAGAGAUUUCGCCGGGGAUAAUAUGGCAUGCCGGAAAAGGCAAAGAUUCUCGCCUGAGAUCGCUGGAAAGAGUGAUUUAUUCGAUGCUUUACCCGAUGAUCUUGUCAUUUCCAUACUGUGCAAACUGAGCUCCACCGCCCGUUGCCCUUCCGAUUUCGUCAACGUCUUGAUUUCAUGCAAGAGAUUAAACAGGUUAGCACUCCAUUCUAUGGUGUUAUCCAAGGCCUCUCCAAAAAUGUUUGCCAUUCAAGCCAAAAACUGGUCUGAUUCAGCUCACAGGUUCUUGAAGUCUUGCGCUGAUGCCGGAAAUGUUGAAGCUUGUUACACUCUCGGCAUGAUUCGUUUCUACUGUUUACAAAAUCGUGGGAGUGGAGCCUCUCUAAUGGCUAAGGCGGCGAUUAGCUCCCACGCGCCGGCGCUUUACUCCUUAGCUGUGAUUCAGUUCAACGGCAGCGGCGGCACAAAAAACGACAAGGACCUCAGAGCCGGUGUGGCUUUGUGCGCGCGAGCUGCUUUUCUGGGCCACAUCGAUGCCCUGCGUGAGCUCGGUCACUGUCUUCAGGACGGCUAUGGCGUCCGACAGAACAUCGCCGAAGGUCGUCGAUUCCUCGUCCAAGCCAACGCCCGAGAGCUCGCAGCGGUUUUAUCAUCAACUGCUGCUUCUAACAUCCCUACUCGCUCUUGGCUCACAUGGAGCCCACACCCGAUCCCGCACCCAAACCACCGUCAUCCGACCGUCCCAGGAUGCCCGUUGCUGAGCGAUUUCGGAUGCAAUGUGCCCGCGCCGGAGGCGCAUCCGGCUAGCAGGUUCUUAGCGGAGUGGUUCUCGGCUCGGGGCGGGAUGCCCGGCCCAGGAUUGAGGCUAUGCUCGCACGUGGGUUGCGGAAGGCCGGAGACAAGAAAGCACGAGUUUCGCAGGUGUUCGGUUUGUGGGGCUGUGAAUUACUGCUCACGCGCUUGCCAGGCUCUUGAUUGGAAGCUGCGCCAUAAAGCCGAGUGCGCGCCGGUAGAGCGGUGGCUGGAUGAAGAAGGUGACGGUGGCGAGGGAAACGGACCCGUUGAUGGGAACGACGACAUCAUCGCCGAGAGCUAAACACGUAACGGCGAUGUUAACGCCCAUGAAAAUGGGUGGCGAUAGGUGGUCCAAGCCCAACCCAUCUAAAGGGCAUUGGUUGGAGCUCCAGCUGUAGUUGAAAACAAAAUUUAUAGUACUGCCUGCUGCAGCAUCAAGAAGAUCCAAACGUACGUACUCGUAGAUUUCUUCCCUGUUUAAGGGGGUUGACUCUUGGUCUGGAUCCACAGUACAACCCCAGAAUGUACUACAAAACUGAACAGGAAUCAGGACGCAAAACCAACUUUAUUUUAAAAUUUUGGGUUAAGUUAAGCAGCACCGCAAAGAUUAGAAUGUCACAUCUGACCAACUGACCACACUGGAAUCAGCAGGACCAUGACUACACACCCCUCUGACCAUUGAAGCCACCUUUGGCUUGUGGUUGUUCGCAUUUGCUGCAAACAAGCAAUUUGAAAUAAAGGGUGGGGAGCAAACACCAGUGCACUCUAAAAUUAGGAGGCUGUUGGGACCUUUGUAUCAGUAACACCAAACCUGUUGUGUUUAUUGGAUGAUCCAGCAUACCAACCUUGGCUAAACAUGAAUUUUCGACGACCCAACACGAAAACAUAACCAAUGAGUGGAUGUUUAGCUCCAUCACCCAACAACAAAAACGUAACAAAUGACCUCGUGUUUAGCUCAACUUGUAGAAUAAGCACUACAAC